CAUCUGCGGAGCUCGGUCCUUUCGCUCUGUGUUCGCUCGCCGUUGGUCUCUUUUCCGCCCACGCGGAUGGUAACCCAGGUCGGGGUUCGCGCAUGGUCCUAGCUAGUGUCCGUUUGAAGUUCUGAAGUGCCGAACGUCUUUGGUCGAUAUCUAGAACGCUACAAACGCGUUUUCCUUAAGCUCCUGUUGUUUCUUGGCGUGCCGUUCGGUGGAUAAAAAUGCUGCUAAAACAGCUCGGCCAAGUUUUGCUGCGUCCCGAGAGCCAACGGCGCCACCGUUCAUUGGUGCAGUUGAGCCGCUGCUUUGCUGCCGUCCCACAAGCGGAACCGGUGGGCCCGUCCCUCCAGACCGAAGUACCUGGACCGAAAUCGAAGGCGUUGCUGCAGCAGCUAAAUCAACUGCAGAAUGCUGGUUCCGUGCAGAUGUUCGUUGACUACGACAGGUCCAUCGGGAACUACGUACAGGACGUCGAUGGAAACGUACUGCUCGACAUCUACACGCAGAUCUCGUCGGUACCGCUGGGCUACAAUCAUCACGAGCUGCUGAAGGUGUUUCGGAAUGACCACAACCUAUCGACACUCGUCAACCGCCCGGCGUUGGGCGUGUUUCCCGGCGAGGACUGGCCUAAACGUCUGCAGAGUGUGCUAAUGUCCGUCGCACCGGUUGGUCUAGACCACGUUACGACUAUGAUGUGCGGUUCAUGUUCGAACGAGAAUGCAUUUAAAAACAUAUUCCUUUGGUACCAAAAGAAGCAACGAGGUAACGCGACGCCAUUUUCGGAAGCGGAAAUUCAAUCGUGCAUGAUCAACCAGGUGCCCGGAUCGCCGAAGCUCAGCAUCCUUAGCUUCCACGGAGCAUUCCAUGGCCGUACGCUCGGGUGUCUCUCGACGACGCACUCGAAGUACAUUCACAAGAUCGACGUUCCGUCGUUCGAUUGGCCAAUUGCCCCGUUCCCAAAGUAUCGUUACCCGCUCGAGGAGAACGUGCGCGAAAACGAGCAGGAGGAUGCGCGCUGUUUGGCCGAAGUGGAGCGGCUUAUCGAGCAGUACAGUAAGCGCGGUGUUCCGGUGGCCGGUAUCAUCGUGGAGCCCAUCCAGAGUGAAGGUGGUGACAAUGAGGCCUCACCGGAGUUCUUCCAGAAACUGCAGCGCGUUGCCAAAAACCACGGCAGUGCUCUGUUGAUCGAUGAAGUGCAGACCGGUGGUGGACCGACCGGUAAAAUCUGGUGCCAUGAGCACUUUAACCUCGAGUCACCACCGGAUGUGGUGACGUUCAGCAAGAAGAUGCAACUGGGCGGCUACUAUCAUGGGGCGCACAUGAAGCCCACCCAGCCCUACCGUGUGUUCAACACGUGGAUGGGCGAUCCGGGUAAGCUACUGCUGCUGGAGUCGAUCCUGCAGGUGAUCAAGCAGGAGGCACUUCUGGAGAACGUGCGCCGUACGGGAGACAAGCUGAAAAAGGGUCUACUGGACGCCCAGAAGGACUUCCCGGAGCUGCUGAGUUCAACGCGUGGCCGUGGUACCUUCCUCGCAAUCAACUGUGCCACUUCCAAACUGCGCGAUGACAUCGUGACGGCGCUCAAGCAAAAAGGUGUUCUGUCCGGAGGAUGCGGCGAUUUGAGCAUUCGCUUCCGCCCGGCAUUGAUCUUCGGCGAGAAGCACGUCGAUAUUUUCCUCGACAAGUUCCGCCAGGUGUUGAAGGAAGUGAAAUAAGACAGUCACCACUGCCAAGUAACUUACAUGCAAGAAUCGAAGCACGCAAAACAAACAACACAGAAAGGAAUUUGGCGAACGAUGGUUGGUUAUUCACUCAAGCUACGCACACAAAGCAACGGAAGAUUACGUUCUGAUUCCCUGCCUACUACGAGUCGUACAAAUUGCAUCCAAUAUGGAGCUUGCCCGUAAGCAACCCAAGGCAUUUGCUCGAGAGCAUUUAGACCCAACCAGUGUGGGGAACUGUAGAGUGUUACAAACAAUAUACAACUAGAGAAUAAUUGUCGCAACAAAGCACAAACAUAAACACACACCAAUCGUGUAUCUGCGCGAAAUGAGAGAACAUUUGUCUUCCAAUCAGCAAACUUGGUGAUUCCAAAACUCGGUGUCGAACGGUCGGCAACCCAAUCGCUUGGGUUGCUCCGUUUCAAAAUAAAAUAGAUAAAUGUU